AUCGGGAGUGUCAAAAUGUUUUGUCGCUUCCCCAAAGAACUCUUCCCGCUCGCGAUGCGUCAUUGAUCUACAUUGAUCUACGUAUUCAUAGUCAUUCAUAGUCUAGACACACAGUGCGCACGAACUGGCACGGACUGUGUUUUGCCCAGAAAUGCUGCAACUUAAAAUGUAGAAAUAUUAACGCUGCCGAGUGGUACCAAAGGCUAUAUAUUUUCAGUAUCGACUAUCGGUGAGCGUUGAAGCAACCGAGAAGAAGAGGUGUUGUCGGAAAGAUCGUAACACGCAAAGUUCCUAAACUUUCGACAUGGGUCUGAAAGAUUUUCGAAUAGUAUACGACAACGAAUGGAGCACGUAUUAUCCCGGGCAGACCGUAAACGGAAAUAUCAUCGUUGUUCUAAAUAGCACGAAAAAGAUUCGAGGUAUAAGUGUAAAAAUAAAAGGUGAGGCAAACACUUAUUGGGCGACUGACAAAAAAGAAAUAGAUGAAAGAGGACACUUCCAGAAUGAUACCGAAACUGUCAAAGGGCACGAAGAAUAUUUCGAGACUAAGUACUACUUGGUUGGAUCAGCUUCGGGUGGAGAAAUCGAGAUACAAGCAGGAGAACAUAAAUUUCCGUUUACUUGUACCUUACCACCAAAUCUGCCAAGCAGCUUUGAAUCAGACUUUGGAUAUGUUCGCUAUACCGUGAAAGCCACGUUAGAUCGACCUUGGAAGUUCGACCAAGAUGUCAAGAGUCCGUUUACAGUUAUUUUGCCCUUCGACUUGAAUCAAGAACCAAGAGCGGCUGAAUCCGUACAAGAAGAAAUGAAUAAGACAUUUUGGUGUUUGUGUUGCGCCACACCAUCUUUGACUGUAAACUUCUCUCUGCCAGUUCGAGGGUACGUUCCCGGACAGUCGAUGCCGAUAAAAAUAAACGUCCAGAAUCUGUCCAAUAUCGUUGUGAAUAACAUAAAACUUAUACUUUGCAAGAUCGUGACCUUUCAUGCUACGACACCGCGAACAGACACUAGAACGGAAGAAAUUGUAGUGAGGGAAGUCAGCAAAGGACCGUUCGAAAACGGUGAAACCAAUUACGAGCAGCAGUUAGACAUUCCGCCUGUUCCACCGUCAAACCUCACUAACUGCCACAUUAUUGAUCUCGAAUAUAACUUGAAAGUGGAAGCGUGCGUUGAAGGAUGGUAUCAUCGGAAUUUGUCCGCCAAAACACCGAUAUUUGUAGGGACAAUUCCGCUUGCUGUUUAUCAUGCUCCGAGUGCCCCACCUCCUGAUAUGGCUGGUGAUUAUCCAACAAAAUCACCCGUCGGUUUCGUCGUACCUUCGGCGAAUACUGCACUACCUCCGUUGCCGGAGUCUCAUUUUUAUCCAAAUUUAUCUCCGCCAUCUUUCGAGGAAUCGAUGUACGGCGCGAGAAAUCUUCGCGAUCGCGAAGAAUCAGAAUAUAUUUACGGGCUGACCAAUCGCUUCGCGCCAAGAUACCCGGUAUACAAUUUUGCACCAACACAGUAAUAAAGAAAACGACAAUAACAAAGAAAACGAAGAUGAUUAUUUUGCGAGAUUAUUUUUUAAUAAGUUGUUGAAGCGUAUAGUUUGCUUUUACUGGCCUGUAAGAACUUUAAAAACGCACAAAAAAAUUGGAAAUAUAUGCUUUUAAGCUAAAAAAUCUAUUUUGCUCUGCGUUUUUGUAAGAGAAAUAUAUU